AUGGAAAAUGUUGGUAACAUCGAUCCACUUAUUUCACAAGAUAGUGCACACCAAUUAACUCCCGGCAUGGAAGAAAGUUUCAACUCUUCGCUUAAUGGCCUGACAUCACCGAAGGAAACAAUUGAAACACCUAUUGAUGAGACAACUGAUAGAAUAGAUACAAGUGAUAAUAUAGAGGCAUUGGCAGAAACAAAGAAAGAAAGACUUAGGAGUAAGACUUGGGAUCAUUUUAUAAAGGUGAAAGUUAAUAGCGAGGGUAAGGCUCAAUGUAAAUAUUGCAAGAAAUUUCUUGGUGGAAAAUCGAUCAAUGGAACGAAACACUUGCUUCAACAUAUGGAGACAUGCAUUCAUCGCAAAAUUCAUGAGAACAAGACUACAAAAGGACAAACAUUUCUCAUGCCAAAUAACUCGCAAGGAAAGCAAGAAUUGGGAGUUGAGUUGCGUCUUGAGGUUCAUUUAUAUUUCUGCUCCUCAUUCAAAUACAAAAUGGAGUUACUUGAAUACUAUUAUGAAAAAUUGUAUGAACAAGACUCUUUUGAGAAAGUUAAGAGGAUUCAACAACUAUGUUAUGACUUAAUUACUGAUUAUCAAUUGAAGUUGAACCAAGAGAAUUGUGGUGACUCACCAAUGUUGGAAUCUAGUCGGAUGGCUAAUGAUGGUUUAGAUGAUUAUGAUGCAUAUGUUCGGAAGAAAAAAAAGCUAGAACUUCAUAUGUUAAAACAGAAUUGGAUCAUUAUUGGAAGAGGAAGUUUUACCGCGAAGUCCUGA